UGUUGCCAGGACUCUCGGCUGGGCGACUUUCCGGAGCGUCUCGGGCCUUCAGCGGCGCCUGCGGGCGCAAGAGGAGCGGAUGGCCGGGCGCCCGCUCGACGUCGCCUCGGCCUCUGCCGUGGCGCGAUGCGGAGGGGCCGACGCGGUGGCCCGGGCCUGCUACGCGCACUACGAGCAGCGGCUGCCCAAGCGAGGGAAGCCGGCCGAAGGGCGCGAAUGGACGCUGCUGGCGGCGGUCCUCGAGGCGGCUGCGGGCGACCCGGGGCCGGGAAUGACAAAACUUGUUGCCAUGGGAACUGGAACGAAAUGUAUCGGGCAGUCCCAAAUGAGGAACACUGGGGACAUUCUCAACGACAGUCACGCAGAAGUGGUGGCCAAGAGGAGCUUCCAGAGGUACCUUCUUCACCAACUGUGGCUAGCUGCUGUAUGCCAAGAACCCAGCAUUUUCACCUCAGGAACUGAGAAAGGGAAGUGGAUUCUCAAAGCACACAUCAACUUUAUAUUUUUCUGCAGCCACACACCGUGUGGAGAUGCAUCUAUCAUUCCAGUGACAGAAGUGGAGGACCAGUGCUGUGAGCCAUCCACUGCAUCCAGAGCCCCCAAAAGGGGCACCGAAGGAACUGUGGCUGGCCCCUUUCCCAAGAGACCCAAAGAAGAUGCCAGCGCUGAGGCCCACCAGGGAGUCAGAGUAGUGGAUGUCCGCAGGACUGGUGCCAAGUGUGUCCCGGGGGAAACGGGUGACUCCAAGAAGGCAGGCAGUGGGUACCACACCGUGGGGCUGCUGCGCACCAAGCCCGGCCGUGGGGCCCAGACAGCAUCCAUGUCUUGCAGUGACAAACUGGCACGCUGGAAUGUGCUUGGCUGGCAGGGGGCCCUCCUGAUGCAUUUCUUGCAGCGGCCCAUCUACGUCUCGGCGGUGGUGGUGGGCCAGUGCCCCUACAGCCAGGAGGCCAUGGAGAGGGCCCUUGUUGCCAGGUGCCGGCCUGUCACAUGUUUGCCAGAUGGAUUCCAGGUUCAGGAGUUGGAGAUCCUGCCGUCCCAUCUGCCCUUCAUCCACAGCUGCCAAACAGUGCGAUCUGGCUGUGCUGCAGGCCAGAGAAAGGUCGUUUCAAGUGGCGCAGCUAUCAGCUGGAGUGCUGUUCAGGAGCACCCACUGGAUGUCACCUCACAGGGCUUCAAACAGGGGACAACCAUGAAAGGGAUUGGACACCUGAACUCGAGGUCUCGGAUCUGCAAGGUGGAACUCUUCCACGCGUUCCUGAAGACAGUGGCCAGCAUUCCAGCUGAGGAUCUGCCAGCAACUCUGAGGGCCCGGGAGAUACUGCUCAAGGCCCUCUCGUUCGCUAAGGACAGGGAAGCGGGAGCCGGGAGGAGCUGGCCUGAGGCCUCUUUGUUCCUCCUCCUCUUCAGAAUCAAGAGCCUGCAGACAUACUGGGACUACAAAGAAGCUGCUGCUCACUACCAAGAGGCCUGGCAAGAGCUGCGUCACCAGGCUUUCGGCUCCUGGGUGAGGAACAGCCGCAGCUACCUGUCCUUCACUUGAGAGAGGGAAGGAGUCAAGCAGCAGCACCUGGCUCAAAGCUGCCCACAGUGGGCAAGGCUGACAGGACUGGAUCCCCCUGCUCUGGGAACCUCUUCUGAACCCACAGAGGCCCAUAUAGUCAGAGCUCCCACAUCUCACCAAAAGGAUAGACCAACCCUCCGAAUUUGGUGAGAUUUGCAAAGCAUGUGGAGCUGUAGUUCCUCACUGUCUCUGAUGCCUUCUCCCAGGCUGUGUUUCUGUGUAUGCAGACUUGUGUGUGAUCAGAAUAUUUUUUUAAAUUGCGGAAUUAUGGUCUUUCCUCUCUUCAUUGCAUGAGUUGGGAGUAACUGUGCCGAGACAUUUGCUAACAACCCCUUAUUAAUUUAAGCAUAUGAAAGUAUUGGUAUGGUUGCAAAUCAUGUUAUUUUUUUAAAAAAGUACACAUUUUGAAGAUCUUAUGGAGACAAAGUUUUUAUCAUUAUAUUUGGAUGAUAGGGUUUGGCUGCAGGAUAGGUUGAAGGUGGCUAAACAUUUUGUCAUCUGCUUUAUUCAGUGAUGAAUAUGUGGUCACAGUUUAACAUUUGGAACAGAUGAAUCUCAGACUGAAAUAACCGCUUUUAAAUGGGUUAGCCUCCCUUAGAAUCCCGGAAUAAGAAUAUCGGAAGAGUAAAGAACUAGUGGUUUGCUUUUGGUUCUAAAGCAAUCCAUUUAGAAAUCACCUUACUGCUCUAGUCUAUACUCGGAAGUACAUAAGAGCACAAGGUCAUCAGAGGACCUUUCGGAAUUGGGUCAAAUGCCUAUCUAGGCCAGCCCACUUUUUCUGUGGGACGCCGACAAGCACAGCGUGAGGGGAGUGUUGGCCCAGUCCUGUUACAGACUAACAUUCCUGAGAGAAACUUCACUGCAUGGAGAGGCUAAUACAGUGGGAAACGGGUAACCAGGCAAGAUUAGAACAAGGAAUGAAUAUGAGACCAGAAGUUAAUGAGAAGUUUCUUUCCAAGAAGUUUUGCUACACUUAAAAGCUAAUCCAAUGGCAUACUCAGAAUGGCUACAAAGAUGGUUAAGAACAGAAGAACUGGACCAAUCUGUGUGUAUUAAAAAAAUCAAAGGAAUAGCUUUGGUUUUUGCUGACAAAGGAGGGGAAUGGAACGUAAUGUUGAUGACCCUUGAGGAGAACUGACAGAUUUUUGAUGAAAAUAACAAUCCCUUAAAUUCUGAAAUUAUUCUUUGAGUUCAAGGAGGGCUCCAAACCCUUUUUGAAUGGUUUUAACUAAAAUUUCUUUUGUGCCAGGAUCUAACAGCUGGCUGCUACGUAGUUCACUCAUCUGAAGCUUGAAGACAAUUUACUAUUUUGUUUCUGCAUACUAGUAUCACUUCUCAGGAUGACUGGAACAAUCCAUAUAAGGGAACCUUAGGGAUGUGGAAAAAGGGUUACAGGCUCUUAAGUGGUCUGAUGCUCAUUCUAUUCACUUGCAGAAAAGCCAUGUAAAGCUGCAUAACUGGCCUUGGCUGCCUCCUUCUCUGAAUAAGAUGGCUAAGAAUAGGUGGUGUGGCACUGUUCAGGUGUCCUUUAGGCAGAGAACUGGCAUAGCCCCCCAUUCGAGUGUGGGGAGCUGUGCUUCUGGACAGCAGUGCAAGACAGUCACACAGAACUGCCCAUUAUACGCAUGGGCCCAGUAACACCAGGCCAUGACAGAACGAAAGACGCCAGCACCAGCUUGCAGCCAGAAGAGAGAAUUUGCUGCAGGGAUCAGAACAUAAAAAGAGCACAGAUGCCGGAUCAGACCAAGGGUACAGCUCAACCAGUAUUCUGGUCAUGCAGUGCCUAACCAGCUAUCCACGAGCAUAACGUAACAGGGCCCACCUGCCCACGUCCAUCAUCUGCUGUGCACAGGUAUCCUACCUCUGACACUACAGGCAGUGCAGAGCUAUCACAGCUAGCGUCCAUUGAUAGCUUCCUUCUUCAUGGCUUUGUCCAGUUCCCCUUUAAAGCCCUCCAAAGUGGUGGCCACCACUUUGCUGUCCUAUAAUGCAUAAGAAGAUAUAUUCCCAAACAGCUGUUUAUUUCUGUUCAAUACAUUGACAUUGUGGAAAUGGCUGCAGAGCCAAAUGGCAUUUUUAACAAGUUGCACCGAUUGAACAUAGUCACAACCCCGAAGCUGUAUUUGACCAAAGACCUAUCCAGACCAAUCAGGUGAGCUGGGGGAAAUGCGCAGGCAGGACACCCUGAGGCCCUUGCAAAAGGCAUGCAGCUGCAAGUAUCAUGAUAACUACUGAUAGCUUUGGAUGGAUCCUUCGUACUUAAAACUGGUAAAAUGCGGGCCAGAUUAUGCUACCAGGCGGAUGGAUCAUUCCUCCUCAAACUGACAAAUAGGGUAAUGGGGUAGCCACUCUUUGAGAAGGAAAGUAAUAGAAUAGACAGGACUGAGAACUGAGCCCAAACUAACAAUAUUAAAUCCAUCAAGAAAUUGUAAAACUCUGUAUUUAGGAGAUGAGCAGAAGACAAAGAACAGUAUUUUAAUAGUAGUAGAUCACUGUGGCCCAAAGGCAUUCAGCUGAAAGGCUUAAGCUCUUAAUUGUGAGAUUGUUUAUAAUUUGUAACAGAAUCAAUUAGCCUUUUGUAACACCAGUUAAAAAAAUAAAAGUGCCAAAGAUGAA